AUGGUUCUUUCAGCUGAGGAUACACCGACUACUGGUGCUGUUUGGGAAAAGAUUUGUGCAGAUGUUGAGGAUAAUGGUGCUGUUGUGUUAAGUAGAAUGUUCAAAGAACACCAUCAUACUAUGAGCUACUUUAAAAAUUUCACACAGCUGCAGUCUGUUGCUGAGACUGCAUCUGCUGAGGAGAUUGCAGCCCUGGCUGAGGUUCGAGUUCAUGGGAAGAAAGUUUUCUCAGCCUUGAAUGAUAUGGUGCCACACUUAAACAAUGUGGAUGCUUUAAAAGAAACUAUUGCUCCAUUAGCCAAGAAGCAUGCUACAGAGCUUAAAGUAGAUGUGAAGGACUUUGGGAUAAUAUUUGAAAAUCUGUUGGAGCUUAUCAGAGAGAAGCAAGGUGCAGAUGUCAAAGUGGCCUUUAAGAAAGUGACAGAUCUAAUAUAUGAAGAAAUAAAAACUGCAUAUUGA